UGGCAUCAACGUGAAUCUGAACAAGACCAACGGAAUAAUGAAAACUGUUGCCAUCAAAAAUCUAAUGGAUAAAUUAAAAAACAACUUUCACGAAACACAGUAUGCCAGUCUAAUAUUAUCCGCAACACUGGAGGACAAAAAUAGUUCGUCUGUGAAAAUUGAACUGGACUUCCCCCGAAUUCAGCCGAAUGGCAAUAAACCUUACUGCGUCUUCUGGAACACAAGCAAGGGGGACUGGUCAGAUGUGGGAUGCGCUGUCAAAUAUGGUGAUGCUGACAGCACCGUCUGCGAGUGUAAUCACCUGACUUCAUUCUCCGUCCUCAUGGCCAAGGAAAAUAUAUCUACCGAUGACCUGGAUAUGAUUACCAAAGUGGGCCUGGGCGUGUCCAUCUGCUGCCUGGUGAUCUUCCUCACUGUUGAGUAUCUAGUGUGGUCAGCUGUGGUCCAGUCCAACCUUUCACAUUUCCGUCACACAGCCAUUGUGAACAUUGCCACGUUCCUUUUGCUCGGUGAUUGCAGUUUCCUGGUGCCUGCGGAGAAAUUCGGUGAAGAUUGGUGCCUAUUUUUUACAGUAUGCAAACACCUGUUUUUCUUGGCCAUGUUCAGCUGGAUGCUGUGCUUGAGUGUGAUGCUCGUCCACCAGCUCAUCUUUGUCUUCAACCCGCUGAGGAAAAGAGUCUUCAUGUUCCUCUCCAGCAUCGUAGGAUAUGUUUGCCCAAUCUUGAUUGUCGGAUCCAGUUAUGUGUUUUGCAAGUACACCGGAAAAAAAUACUAUGACACUGAAACAUGCUGGCUGAUUUUUGAAAGACUCUUGGUGGGUUCCAUUCAUGCUUUCCUCCUCCCUGUUGGUGCUGUGAUUUUUACAAAUCUCUUUUCAAUGGUAGUUGUGAUUGUUACUCUAUUGAAGUCCUCGGUCCCAGAUGGCAGCAAGUCAGAUGACAAGGAGACAGCCAAAGGCAUCGUCAAAGUGGUGGUGCUUCUAACGCCUGUCUUUGGAGGAACAUGGAUUUUUGGCUUUGCCUUGCUCCUAUUGAAUAGGGGAACCCCCUUGUUUACUGUUGCUAACUACAGUUUUACCAUCCUAAACUCUUUCCAGGGCCUUUUCCUUCUGAUAACAGGGUGUUUUGCAGAGAAGAAGGUUCGGGAUGAAAUGAUAAAGCUCAUAAUGGCAAAAUCGAAAGGAAAGAUGGAGAGCACAAAGAAUUUUACUUCAACAACAUACACCAAAGACAAAUGA